AUGAUCUCUCCUUGCGAUAUCGACAUCGACUUCUUCAACAAUAUAUUUCACUUCGUCUUCCGCUCAUGCCUUUCCCGAACCAAAUAUCGACCCUCAUCACCCGAUCCAGAAGCGCAAGAAGGUGAAUUGGAGACUUUGCUCAUCGGAGCUAAUGAAGGAUGGGACGAUUCAUAUGCGGUUUUCUCGCGUACACCGAGAAUAGUCAAAGAACGUCAAGCGAAAGGACUAAAACCUACAAAACCGAUGAAAAACCCAUUUACCCAAGGUGAUCUUCCACCAUCUUAUGAAUCACAUCUCAACCCACCAUCUUCUCCCGGUCCAUCCACCUAUUCUCGAAGAUCAAGACCGAUAUCGGGAUAUUCAGAAUUCGAACAUGAAAUAGACGAAGAUGCUAGAUCGUUAUCGAUCAAUCCCACGAAACUCGCUGAGAUGGCUAGACAAUUCGAACCGACUUUGACGUUGGAUGAUAUCAGGCGAGAGGAGGAGGAACAGGCUGAACGGGAGAGGAUACCUGGACAUUCAAGUGGUGAAGAUGAACAUGAAGAGGAGUUUGGUGAUUUUGAAGAAGCAGCGAGAGGAAAGGUAGAAGAAGUGGAUAAACCGUCUACACUUGUCGAAAAUAGUCAACAGUAA